AUGAACUACCUGCGGCGCCGCCUGUCGGACAGCAACUUCAUGGCCAAUCUGCCAAAUGGGUACAUGACAGACCUGCAGCGCCCGCAGCCGCCCCCGCCGCCGCCUUCUGCCCCCAGCCCCGGAGCCACACCCAGUCCCGCGACCGCCUCUGCCGAGAGGGCCUCCGGGGCCGCCCCGGUGGCUUCUCCGGCUGCCCCAAGCCCCGGGUCGUCGGGGGGCGGUGGCUUCUUCUCGUCGCUGUCCAACGCGGUUAAGCAGACCACAGCGGCCGCGGCCGCCACCUUCAGCGAGCAGGUGGGCGGCGGCUGGGGCGCAGGCCGCGGGGGCGCCGCCGCCAGGGUGCUGCUGGUCAUCGACGAGCCCCACACCGACUGGGCGAAACACUUCAAAGGGAAAAAGAUCCAUGGAGAAAUUGACAUUAAAGUAGAACAGGCUGAAUUCUCUGAUCUCAACCUUGUGGCUCACGCCAAUGGGGGAUUCUCUGUGGACAUGGAAGUUCUCCGGAAUGGCGUGAAGGUCGUGCGGUCUCUGAAGCCGGACUUUGUGCUGAUCCGCCAGCACGCCUUCAGCAUGGCGCGCAAUGGGGACUACCGCAGUUUAGUGAUCGGGCUGCAGUACGCGGGAAUCCCCAGCGUUAACUCUUUGCAUUCUGUCUACAACUUCUGUGACAAGCCCUGGGUGUUUGCCCAGAUGGUUCGACUGCACAAGAAACUGGGGACAGAGGAAUUUCCUCUAAUCGACCAGACCUUCUACCCCAAUCACAAAGAGAUGCUCAGCAGCACAACAUACCCUGUGGUUGUGAAGAUGGGGCAUGCGCAUUCUGGGAUGGGCAAGGUCAAAGUGGACAACCAGCAUGACUUCCAGGACAUCGCAAGCGUUGUGGCACUGACCAAGACGUAUGCCACUGCCGAGCCCUUCAUCGAUGCCAAAUAUGACGUGCGUGUCCAGAAGAUAGGGCAGAACUACAAGGCCUACAUGAGGACGUCAGUGUCAGGGAACUGGAAGACCAACACUGGCUCUGCAAUGCUGGAGCAGAUUGCGAUGUCUGACAGGUACAAGCUGUGGGUGGAUACAUGCUCAGAGAUUUUUGGGGGACUGGACAUCUGCGCAGUGGAAGCACUGCAUGGCAAAGAUGGAAGGGACCACAUCAUUGAGGUGGUGGGCUCCUCCAUGCCGCUCAUCGGUGACCACCAGGAUGAAGACAAGCAGCUCAUUGUAGAGCUGGUGAUCAACAAGAUGGCCCAGGCUCUGCCCAGGCAGCGGCAGCAGCAGCGGGACGCCUCCCCAGGCAGGGGCUCUCACAGCCAGACUCCAUCCCCCGGAGCCCUGCCCUUGGGCCGCCAGACCUCCCAGCAGUCUGCUGGGCCCCCGGCUCAGCAACGACCACCUCCACAGGGCGGCCCUCCACAGCCUGGCCCAGGGCCCCAACGCCAAGGACCUCCGUUGCAGCAGCGCCCGCCCCCACAGGGCCAGCAGCACCUUUCCGGUCUUGGACCCCCAGCUGGCAGCCCCCUGCCCCAGCGCCUACCAAGUCCCACAUCAGCGCCUCAGCAGCCUGCAUCCCAGGCCCCACAGCUGACCCAGGGUCAAGGCCGCCAAUCCCGGCCAGUGGCGGGAGGACCCGGGGCACCUCCUGCAGCCCGUCCCCCAGCCUCCCCAUCACCCCAGCGCCAGGCGGGCCCCCCACAGGCUACACGCCAGACUUCAGUCUCCGGUCAGGCUCCGCCAAAGGCCUCAGGAGCGCCGCCUGGUGGCCAACAGCGCCAGGGCCCGCCCCAGAAGCCUCCUGGUCCUGCAGGCCCCACUCGCCAGGCUAGCCAGGCGGGUCCCAUGCCACGCACUGGGCCACCCACCACGCAGCAGCCGCGGCCCAGUGGCCCAGGCCCCGCUGGACGUCCCGCCAAGCCACAGCUGGCCCAGAAACCCAGCCAGGAUGUGCCGCCACCUGCCACCGCUGCUGCCGGGGGACCCCCGCACCCCCAGCUCAACAAAUCCCAGUCUCUGACCAAUGCCUUCAACCUUCCAGAGCCAGCCCCGCCCAGGCCCAGCCUUAGCCAGGACGAGGUGAAAGCUGAGACCAUCCGCAGCCUGAGGAAGUCUUUCGCCAGCCUCUUCUCCGACUGACACCCCACCCUGAGAACCCCCAAAUCCCUGGGCAAACCCUCUCUGGGCCCUGAAUCCAUUUCUCACUUUUGGAAUCUCCAAAUCCCUUGAGAAGUCCUCUCCUGGUUCACCAAGAUCCCUCUUCUCACUCCUCAGAAUGCCCAAGUCCCUUGGGAAACCGCACUCCUGGUCCUAAAUCCAAUUCUCACGUUUGGAAUUCCCAAGUCCUUUAGCGUCCCACUCCUGGUCACCUCAAGACCUACAGUUUCAAUUUUAGAACCUCCAAAUUCCUACAGACCCACUCUAAAUCCCAGCUGAAUUUCCUUCCUGGAAGCUCCUAAAUACCAGGCAACCCAUUCUGGCACUAACACCACUUAGUCUCCUCCUGGAGCCCUGAAGUCCCUGGAAACUCCUACUGCUGGUCCCAGAUCUCUCAAGCACACUGGGUCCCCAAAUCCUCAACGCCCUCACCUUUGAAUCUCUUUCCAUGGAUCUCCCAUCCCUCUGGAGAUCCACCUCUUCAGAUGCCACCACCCAGUCCCACAGGAUCGCUCUUCACACACACACCAACCCCCUUUCCACACACAGGGAGGAGCUCCUCCCACUGCUAGGACCCCUCAGUUCUCCCAGGGACCCCCAUUCCACUUUCCUGCCUCUUGACAGCUGUCUUUAAAUAUGCAAACCCCAACCAUCCUCCCAAAGUCCUUUGCACAUGGAAGGCCAGUGGUCCCCUACUUCCCACCUUUGCCGUGAUGUCUGUGUCUGUGACUGACGUGGCCUCCUUUUGUGCCGUGCUUGGCAUAUGUGGUCCUCGUUCAUCGUGCCGCCUGUGGUGAUGCGUGCAGUGGCGCUGUUUGUGUGGUCCGCACUCCCCCCACCCCCCACUCCUUGCCUGGACACACCCCCAUCCCUCAGCGGCUCUGAACCCCAUGAGAAGAGUCGGGAAGCAAAAUAAACAAGCAAAGGCCCAG